ACUCUCCGCCUCUUCUCAAUAUAUGUAAGAUAUGAAAUCGUAUUCAAAGUUAUAUCCUGUCGUGUCAUUGGGGAAGACCAUACAAGGUCAUGGCUUUGUAAAGAUCCCUGUGCUCAUGAGAUGGAGGAGGCGUACACAGAGCUGUACAGGGAGUUCCUCCAACUGCGCUUGCUGUGUCUGAAGCAGGCUGCUUUACUCAAUAAACUCACAGAGAAACUGAGGACACAGCAAGGAGGAGCCCCUGUUCCUGAUGGAGACCCCAGCGUAAUGGCAUCAAUCCCAAUCCAGUGUACCCAGAAGAGCUCCAUUGCUCUCCCUGCAUGGCCAGAAACCCCAAUGGUCCCAACACACAACCCUGCUGCACACUAUGGCAUUAUAAGGCCAUCUGGGUCCAUGGGGUCACUCACUAAUCUACUGGCUGGGGAUUUGGGCAGACUACGGCUGGACUUUGCUCAUCCAGGGACAGAAAGGAAGGAGGUCCUCAAAGCCACCCCCCUAGGACCUCUGGACCUACCUGGGGGUAAUGAAGAGAUGGCACCCUCCAGUGUCUCUGGGGACUCGAAGCAAGCAGGUCGAUUUUGGAGUGAUGAUAUGACCCGACAAAUGUUCAGGAUGCCCUCGGCAUGUGGCUCCUUCCUGGACAGUGAGUUUCUAAGCCAGACCGGGGGGAUGAUGCUGAUGUCAGAGGUGGCGCUGCAGUCUCAUGUGUGUGACUUCUGUAAUGCUGUAUUCCCCGGCCACACCACCACCAGGGGAGACUUCAUGUGCCACCUCCACACACACAUCACCUAGAACAUUAUUUCCCAACCAGGGGAAAUAAAUACUUGAGAAGACCGAUGAGACCAUAGGCCUACUGGUAAAACGCACAUGAGGGUGUAAUUCAGGGGUACUCCAGGCAGAGCAAAAAACUGUUUGUGUUACAGUAACCGAAAAUGGUUGGGAACCACUAACGUAGAACACUGCUUCCCUGCACCAACUCCAUCACACACACAUCACCUAGAACACUAGUUCCCUGCACCGACUCCACACACAUCAUCUAGAACACUGGUUCCCCCAUAACAUCUCCACACACACGUAAUCUAGAAUCCCCAUAAUAUUGUUUCUGCAUCACUUAGAGUAGUGGUUUCCCCAUAAUGUUUCCUCUGCAUCACCUAGAGUAGUGGUUUCCUCAUAAUGUUGUUUCUGCAUCACCAAGAGUAGUGGUUUCCCCAUAAUAUUGUUUCUGCAUCACCUAGAGUAGUGGUUUCCCCAUAAUAUUGUUUCUGCAUCACCAAGAGUAGUGGUUUCCCCAUAAUAUUGUUUCUGCAUCACUUAGAGUAGUGGUUUCCCCAUAAUGUUUCCUCUGCAUCACCUAGAGUAGUGGUUUCCCCAUAAUAUUUUUUCUGCAUCACCUAGAGUAGUGGUUUCCCCAUAAUAUUGUUUCUGCAUCACCAAGAGUAGUGGUUUCCCCAUAAUACUGUUUCUGCAUCACUUAGAGUAGUGGUUUCCCCAUAAUGUUUCCUCUGCAUCACCUAGAGUAGUGGUUUCCCCAUAAUAUUGUUUCUGCAUCACCAAGAGUAGUGGUUUCUCCAUAAUAUUGUUUCUGCAUCACCAAGAGUAGUGGUUUCCCCAUAAUACUGUUUCUGCAUCACUUAGAGUAGUGGUUUCCCCAUAAUGUUUCCUCUGCAUCACCUAGAGUAGUGGGUUCCGCAUAAUAUUGUUUGUACAUCACCUAGAGUAGUGGUUUCCCCAUAAUAUUGUUUCUGCAUCACCUAGAGUAGUGGUUUCCCCAUAAUAUUGUUUCUACAUCACCAAGAGUAGUGGUUUCCCCAUAAUAUUGUUUCUACAUCACCUAGAGUAGUGGUUUCCCCAUAAUAUUGUUUCUACAUCACCUAGAGUAGUGGUUUCACCAUAAUAUUAUUUCUGCAUCACCUUGAGUAGUGGUUUCCCCAUAAUCUGCUUCCCCAUCACUUAGAUUAGUGGCUUCCUCAUACUGUUUCCUCUGCAUCACCUAGAGUAGUGGUUUCCCCAUAAUGUUUCCUCUGCAUCACCUAGAGUAGUGGUUUCCUCAUAAUAUUGUUUCUGCAUCACCAAGAGUAGUGGUUUCACCAUAAUAUUAUUUCUGCAUCACCUUGAGGAGUGGUUUCCCCAUAGUGUUGCUUCUGUAUCACCUUGAGUAGUGGUUUCCCCAUAAUGUUGCUUCUGCAUCACCUUGAGUAGUGGUUUCCCCAUAAUGUUGCUUCUGCAUCACCUUGAGUAGUGGUUUCCCCAUAAUGUUUCCUCUGCAUCACCUAGAGUAGUGGUUUCCUCAUAAUAUUGUUUCUGCAUCACCAAGAGUAGUGGUUUCACCAUAAUAUUAUUUCUGCAUCACCUUGAGGAGUGGUUUCCCCAUAGUGUUGCUUCUGUAUCACCUUGAGUAGUGGUUUCCCCAUAAUGUUUCUUCUGCAUCACCUUGAGUAGUGGUUUCCCCAUAAUGUUGCUUCUGCAUCACCUUGAGUAGUGGUUUCCCCAUAAUGCUGUUUCUGCAUCACCUUGAGUAGUGGUUUCCCCAUAAUGUUGCUUCUGCAUCACCCUGAGUAGUGGUUUCCCCAUAAUGUUGCUUCUGUAUCACUUAGAGUAGUGGUUUCCCCAUAAUGUUGCUUCUGCAUCAUCUAGAGUAGUGAUUUCCCCAUAAUGUUGUUUCUGCAUCACCUAGAGUAGUGGUUUCCCCUUAAAGUUGUUUCUGCAUUGUGACCUACCUGCCACCUCCACACACAUCACCUAGACCAUUUAUGAGAUUUGCUUGUUUUCCCCAAGAAAUGUAUUAUUGAUUUCAAUGAAAAAGGUUCUUACAACAUAUAUGUAUUGAUUAAACAGUCUGUUUUCUAUGAAACUGAGAAAUGUACAUAUACCACUGUUUUCUUAUAGCACUAGAGGGCAGUAACAACAUAUGGUAGGCUACAUCAUGGGAUUUGUCUCAGUUAUCUCGUUAUUAUUACUGGUACUGUUUUAUUACUAGAUAUAAUAAAAGGACAUACAGUCAUUUAUAAACAGCUACACAAUCCAUUAUAAUGUUACACAUAAUAUAUGUAUAAACAUAGAAAUAUACUUGUAUAUUUAUCCUAUCGUUGCUUUCGAAGGAAAACCUUGUAACUUCGUAACCAUUCAUUUUUUUCAUUGUGCAUUGACAUUUUUACAUGCAUCGACUCUAGGGUCAAGACAAUGUAUUCAAAAUAGCUUCUGAAGUUUCUUAAUUGUAUGUUUGUUAAUGGUAAAGUAUGGCUGUUUUCUAUUUUGGACAUAAGAGGUUUCAUCCAACACAAGACACUAUGUAGGUACAAUUUCUGUCAUGAUUCUCUGUUAAAUGUAGAGCUGAAUUGAUUAAUAAAUUAGGCCAAUUUUCUUCAAAUAA